AUAACAACAUUCGCUUCCGAGCGAUCAUUUACGACUGCGCAUAUCACAAACUGAACAUGUCAGAAAAGUUGCAUAUAGUUCUAGGAUUUCUGCUAGUCCUUAGUGUGUUAGAGGUUAGUUCUGGGCCUGGCUGGAAAAGGGGCCACGGGAAGUCACGUAAUAAGGGAUGGUCAUGGCGCCUUGGACGCAACGAGGCUCCUAGAGGUCAUCGCAAAUUUGGAAUGGACUUUAACGACUGGUUUGAUUUGCCAAAGUUUAACCUUGACUUCAGCUGGGGACAUGAGGAAGUGCAGAGAAAUUGGUGGGAGGGGCCAAACGUCUGCGAGACGCGGACUGACAGGCAGGAGAACACCAGAGCGAUCACCUCGCAUUUCCGGUUUCAGUCAGUCGUCUGCGACGGCUCUGACACGUCGUUUAAAUGCGUCACCACGAAACACAGGCCAGGAGGACAGGACGUGACCACAGUUUUGUACGAGUGUUGCCCAGGCUUCUCCAGGAAGGCUGGCGACUUUGGGUGUUUGCAAGAAGUUCCGCUAGUCAACCUUCCGACUCUUUUGGAAAAUCUUGACCUAACGGAGAUGACCAACCUUCUGGACAGUGUCGGUCUAACGUCAGGCGUUCUGUCGGCGGAAAACUCCAAUCUCACGGUGUUCGCGCCAUCCAACAGCGCCCUGAAGAAGUUUCUGUUGGCCUUUGGAUCGGAAGUUGAGCUGACGGUGCGAGACGAUAUUAUGGACUUCGGCUCUGUUGUCAUGGUUUCCAAGAACAUCAGCGAGUCUGUUGUUGAGGACACGCGUAACAUCAUGUUAGGUCACGUGGCCGUUGGGCGUCUGACGUCAUCACAACUGACAAAUGAAAUGAUAGUUGAGACAGCCAGUCCACUGAAAUCUUCAAUCCGAAUCAACAUGUAUGAACAACCGACAAAGGUAGUCACCGCGAAUUGCAUCAAAAUAACAACCGAGGACAACAUGGCGACCAACGGCGUCGUCCACGUCAUUGAUGACGUCAUCACUCCCGUGACGGGCACCCUCUUGGACCUUGUCCAAAAGAAUCCAGAACUGAGCACCUUGAAAACUGCCCUGGGGUCUUCCCGACUGGCGAAGAGUCUGAGAGAGGACGGAUCGUUCACGUUGUUUGCGCCGACAGACGCCGCCUUCAAGCGUCACCUAGACCUAGUUUCCAGGGUGUUACAAGACUCUGACUGCAUGGAAAAUUUGUUAAAAAAUCACCUUCUGCACCAAGUGAUCUGCUCCACUGUUCUGAAAGGCGAGGCAAAAACGAAGAACGCUCUGAACAAAUGGCUGAACCUUACACGCGCAGCAGACGAUAAGCUGUAUGUUGAGGGCACGCAAAUUAUCCUCACCGACAACAUGGCGUCUAACGGCGUGCUUUACUUAAUCGAUGACGUGCUUAUUCCCGAUGAGGCGUUAGACCUGCUCGAGCUAGCAUCCCGGAAGGGCCUCACAGAAUUUGUGAAGCUGGCGGAGAGGGCGGGCCUCAAGAAGGAGUUGGCGUUGACGGAAAACGUCACCGUGUUUAUGCCCAGUAAUGAAGCCAUCCAGUCGCUGCCAUCAGAAAUGUUGGACACUAUGAUGUCAGAGCAGACACCGCUUGCUGAGGUCAUCAACUACCACGUGGUCGAUGAUGACGUCACAUGUAAACAGCUGUAUAACAACAAGGCGUUGGUGUCUCGGGAAGGGUCGUCGCUGAGAAUCAACGAGUACUCGACGUUUCCGUUUGGACGUGACUGGCUGCAGACGGUCCAAUGUGCCAAAUUUGACGUCAACAAGAUUAAGGCAUGCAAUGGUGUCAUCUAUGUGGUUGAUAAGGUACUCGUUCCGACCGCAGGGACGCUAACAGAGGUUGCGGCCAUGGAUCCCCGCCUCUCCACUCUCGCCAAACUUCUCAAGGCUAUCCCUGAGAUAGCAGACUCUCUCCAGGAUGAUGGACCGUACACACUCUUUGCCCCCACUAACGAGGCGUUUGAGCGGAUGGGCAGUGACGCCAUUGAUUCUCUGAUGGACAGCCCCAGAAGUCUCAAGAACGUGCUGAAGGAUCACCUGAGUAAAGAUAUCGUCUGUAGCAGGGCUGUGUUGCGCGCCAACUGGUUCGACACACAAAAAAUCAAAACACUCAGCGGAUCAACAUUCAACAUCCGGCGUAACCGCGAUGAUGAGGUCAUCAUUGAUCGUGACGUAAAGGUCGCUCAGGCCGAUCUCAUGGCAACCAACGGUGUAAUCCACGUGAUCGAUGCCGUCAUCAAUGAUCGAUCGCCGAGAAGUUGGAAGAGCAGUUCUCUGAGUGAUUGGCUGUUUGAUUUUUAAAAAAAGCAUUUGGAAAAUGAAAGGUGUUUUGUGUUUGAGUAAAGUGUUUGUUUAUUUGUACAUUGUAGAUGUCCGCGUGCACUACACGGACCAUUGAGCAAAUAUGGAGCAAAUACAAAAAUGUAUGGCUGUCUGACCUCACCACAGUUCCUUGAAGGAAAUUAACUCCUGCUUUGGUGUUAUAUGACCUAAAUAGCUAUAGCCCUUUCGAGAUUUCCUGACAUUGUUAAACUGCAAAAACUCAUAUUUAUUUUAUGCUAGUUCGUUUGUUUGAGUGACCCUUUUGAUAAAUCUUAUAAAAAGUAAAUAAAACACCAUAUAACACCAAAGCAGGAGUUCAUUCCUGUUAAAGGACUGUGGACCUCACAGUAUCCGAACAUUUUAGUUUUAGUGUAUUUGUCAUUGCUACUGUGCAUGAUUAUAAUCUUAAGCUCUUUAUUUCUUAGCAAAAUUACUUGAAGCCCUUUUCGUUCAGAAAUAAAAUUCUUAGUUCUGUA